ACAACAACUCACCAGUGAAGCUCCUCCCACAAUUCCCUAAUAAAUGCUGGAAUCUUCCCACCAGCCCACAAGUGAAGACGACAGUUCAUGAAAGAAGACUGAGAACAUGAGUGAUCCAGAAUCCUGCAGAAUGGAACAUGAAGAUCCUGAAGAACAAAGAGAUCUGAUGGAAGAGAGCGAGGAGAGCGAAGAUCUGAGUGAAGCAGAGCAGAAACAUCAUGCCAAAACUGGUAAUUUGAGUCGCUCACAGACUAAAAGCAAUUUCUUACAGAGAAGAACAGCCAAAAAGCACACUUGUCCUCAGUGUGGAAAGAGUUACCUAAACAAACAAAGUCUUAAACUUCACAUGAUAGUUCAUAGUGGAGAGAAGCCUUACACUUGUGAUCAGUGUGGGAAGAGUUUCACAUUACAAAAAAGUUUUAAAAGUUCACUUGAGAAGUCAUAAUGG